UGCCACUGAUGCUGCCUUCGGAUGGGAAGGGGCUAGAAGAAGGCAACAUGCGCUACCUGGUGCAGCCCAGAGCUUCGAGGACUGGACCAGGGCCCUGGCAGGGAGGCAGGAGGAAGUUCCGCAGACAGCGCCCCCGUCUCUCCCAUAAGGGUCCCAUGCCUUUCUGAAUCAGGAUUGAAGAGCUCUCCAAGUGUCAGACGGGUGCCGUUCUCUCUACUCCACAGAUUCUAACCCUCACAUCCAUCUGACUCUCAUCUUGCACCUGUUAUGGCUGCUGAUGAUCCUGGCUCCUCUCACCCACCAAGUUCCUCUAAUGGCAUGGUCCUGCCCCUCAGUUGGAAGAUUCCAUUUCUCUCACAAGGAUCCGUUUGGCCCAUCUUCCUGGCCACUCCUUGGACUGCCAUUGGAGACCCAGCUUCUUCUCAGCCUGUUCCCCAUUCUAGUCCCUAUCUAUUGGCCCUUCCCUCUUCUCAGUAUCCUGGGAACUGGACAGAAACACUCCCUUCUUCAACGGAUUCCUGCACAUUCAUACUUGCUUAUCAAUUGGACUUCUCACUUAGAAGGGAGUACAGAUAUGUGCAAUGAGAGACUUUGGAUGAGUGGGAUUGGAUGUUGGGAUCCAGAGGAGGUGCACUGGGGACACUGAAAUGUGGCCAUGGUGAAGGGAUGAGGAGGAAUUGCUGCCAUGGCUUCUUCCUUAGCUCUCACUGGCCCUGUGAAGGAAGAGGCAAAGGAGAGGGGCCCAGGAAGUAUUUUGUCACUGUGUCUCCUAACAUCCUUGUCCUCUCUACUCUCCUGCAGCCAGUUCAGUGUCCGGGUCAGAAGGGGAGAGUGCUGAGCCUGACAUGGUUCUAUACUCUCCCAGGAGUAAAAGCUAACUAAGCACGAUACUUGUUUUUGCCAAAAAAUAAAAAAUAAAAAAUAAAAAUUACAGAAAGUCAGAGCCCAAAGGACCUUGAAGAUCGCUUGUUUCCUUAUGCAAAAGCUUGCACAAACAGAGGCCUCGGAGAGGGAAGUAACCUGCUCAGAGCCACUGCAGAGUCUCAAUGGGGACCAGGUCUCCCAACUCCCACUUUAUGAUGUCCUUUUUCCUCUUGAUGAUGUCCUUUCAAAACAAAUGAAGUGCCUUUUUCUGGGUUUAGUGCAGAGGGUACCUGGGAAGGAUGAGGAAGGAGAGGCAAGCCAGCUGUGAACUGCCCUGUGUGAGCAUGGCACGUCCUCCUCCCAACCUGGCCUAGAAGAGUCCAUAAAUGGUGAGAUGUACCCCCACACAGACCAGGUCUCAGCUGCAUGCUCAGGCUCAAGCUACUUUAAUUGGGGUUCUCAGGCACUGAAACUACCAUUUAACCCCUGACACUGGUUGUCAUGAGCCCCUAUGUUGACUGGACCCUUGUUCUUGUGGCUUUUGGGGGAGUGUCAGAGGAUGGAGAAAGGGGAAGAAAGGAGGAGAGAUGGGAGCGAUACGUAGGUGGGGUUCAUCACUCCACCAGGAGGCACAGUCUCUUUCUAGGAGCCUUUUGCAGCCCCUCCGUGAAGGGAGACCCUUAUCUUUUGCCUGAGCAGUUGUUCUUCUCAGAGGCCUCCCAGGAGGGAGAAAAGAGAAAACAGAAGCUUAAUAUUCACUUGUAUAUGUGUAGGGCAGGGGGAGUCAGGACCCCCAAGCCCCAUAGUAACUCCAGGAUUGCCUAUCCACCCCUCCUCAAAGCCUUUCCUGCCCAUCUGCUGCUGCUAAUGCUGCUGCUGCUGCUGCUACCGCCACCACUUCAGAGCCCCCCCCCCCGGGGGGGGGAUCUGGACCAGGCAUAGGGUCCUCACCCCUUGGGCUUGAAGUGGGGCCUGGCUGGUGCCUCUUCUACUGCUGGUGCCCCUACCAGGGACUGGGCCUUCUUUCUCUUGUGGUUCCUGCAUCUCCUGCCUUAUCAGCCUGCCAUGGCCAGCCCCACAGGGAAGAGAGGAGGACUACGGCUGAGAAAGAGGACAGAUAGCAAAGGAAGAGAGAGAUAAAUGGGCCUGGUGGGCUGUCUUAUUUAAAGUGUGUAUGAUUCUUAUACUAAUUUAAAUAAAGAUAUUAAGGCCUUUUGAGUUAAAAACAAAACAAACAAAAAACAAACAAACCUGUCCCCUGAACGUGUUCGCUAUGUUUGUAAAGAUUGUUCUGUGUAAAUAUGUCUUUAUAAUAAAGAGUUACAAACUGACAA